CAUCAUAAAGGAAGUGCAAUGGUUGGUCAUGCGUUUUGACAGUUUUUGCUAGUUGUCAUGUGACAAAGAAGACGUCGUUCGUUUUGUAGUGUUUAUUUUAUAUGAACUCCGAUAUGCUCCCGCGUCUUCGGUGAAUGACCGAAGAGAUAUGGAUUGCAAAGGAGAACCAUGGUGAUAAUCAAUUCAGUACUGAAACUCUUGCAGAGACAGACCUACACCUGUCUGUCCCACCGCUAUGGACUGUACCUCUGCUUUGGAGGGAUAGUCCUCAUGAUGGUCUCUGCCUUCCAGUUUGGAGAAGUGGUGGUAGAGUGGAGUAGGGAUCAGUACCACGUACUGUUUGACUCGUAUAGAGACAAUGUAGCUGGGAAAUCAUUCCAGACUCGGCUGUGCCAGCCCAUGCCCAUAGAUGUGGUGUACACCUGGGUGAAUGGCACGGACACCGACCUGAUGAAGCAGCUACGUGGUGUGAGAGAGCAGRUGAAGGAAGAGCAGAGAACACUGCGGGAACGGCUGGGGAAGAAUGCAAGUGAUCCGACUGAAUUGCCGAAGGACAGCACAACCACAGAUAAGGAAGCACCAGGUCUGGUCCGCAUGCAGAGCCUGGCCUACCUCAGUGGCUUCCCAGCAUCCUUCAAGGAGACAGAGCAGCUCAGAGUCAAACUGCCAUCUGUUGUCACUGGCAAGAUCAAACAGUUCCAGCUGUAUACGGAGGCCAGUAUCGCCCUGCUCCAUCUGAACAGCCCUCAGGACUUUACUGACCUGACCCAGCAGGCCAAAAAGAACCUGACACUGGACGGGAAAGAGCUGACCAUCAGCGCUGCUUAUCUUUUCUGGGACCUGACUGCCAUCACACAGUCCAAGCAGGACGAYGACGUCUCGGCCAGUCGCUUCGAGGACAACGAGGAGCUGCGUUAUUCGCUGCGCUCGGUAGAGACACACGCCCCCUGGGUGCGACACAUCUUCAUCGUGACCAAUGGGCAGAUCCCCUCCUGGCUGAACCUGGACAACCCCCGCAUCACCGUGGUAACACACCAGGAUGUCUUCCAGAACCACACCCACCUGCCCACUUUCAGUUCCCCUGCCAUUGAGACCCACAUCCACCGAAUCCCAGGCCUGUCUCAGAAGUUCAUCUACCUCAACGACGACGUCAUGUUCGGGAAGGACGUGUGGCCUGACGACUUCUUCAGUCACUCCAAAGGACAGAAGGUGCUCACCUCACCUGUGGCCGGUCCCUACGACUGGUGCUGGAGGGCUGGGGCCCAGCGGUUUGGGACCGCAGGUGUGGGUGGAGUGGGUGAAUCAGCCCUGCAUUAUGCAGGAGCGUCUAGGGUGGCUCGGGGGCGUUGUCCAGCUGUUAACCAAGGCUGUGCCAACUCCUGGCUGCGGCAGACACAAGGGUUCUCGACCAGGCUGCCAACAGUGCUCUCUGUAACACAACUGUUAUCAUUCCCAUACUUCAGCUUUGCAGGCGUGGCUCGCCGGGUGACCGAGGCCCAGGUCAGCGACAACCCGGCCGUGCGCCAUACUUCGGUGGCCAACAAGUGGAAGACGGUCCACCUGCUCCUCCACUCGGGCCACAAUGCCUCYCUGYUCCACUACAACCUCACUGUCCGAGGGGAUGACGACAAGGAGUUCUUCCUGACCUUCAGCGUGGCUGUGGACACCCGCCAGCUCCCCCAGCCCAACGUGUCCGUGUCCGACCCACUCCACAAAGAUGGAUCCAAAGAGGCCAAGCCCACCACCGCCACCACAGAGCCUGAGGUCCCUUUCGAGGAUGUCCCUCUGGAGAAACAAGGUCCCCGAGUCCUGAAGAGGCCACCUGGGGAAAAUGAGGUGAUCGUGGAGGUGCCUGCGCUGAACGUGUCCCUGCUACCGGCGGCCUUGCAGAGUGAGCUUCAGAGGCUGCAAGGAAAGCUCCUGGUGGGUGACAUCACUAUGAAGGGUUAUAACCUCACCAAGGCUAUACUGCUGGGGCCGUACAAGGCUCUGGCCAAUCGGGACCCCAGGUUAACACCAGCUGACCAGAUCAAACCCCAGGACAAGCCUUUUAAAGACCCAAUAGGACAUGUGGUGAGGAGAGAGGCAGACGCACCACAGCUAGUCGAGGCUAACCCAGUAGCACAACACAGUCCAGAAAGAAACGGAGCAGAAAAGACCAAAGAGCCAGAGGGAACCGAGGCACCAGAGGAGGUGCCCAAGUCGAGCAUUGUUGGUGAGAAAGGGAAACAGAAAGCACAAAAGACUCCAGCAACCCCCAUCCCAGUUCUAGUGGAUGGUGAGUUUCCGAAAGCCGCUAAAGCCCAGAACACCACCCCCACAGAGAAACCUCCACUGUCCUCCAAGCUGCUGAGCACCUUGGUGGGCAGCAUGUCCAAAGCCAAGGGAUCAGAGGACCAAUCACAGCAGCGGGCAGGGGUCGAGAAGGGAGCCCGGGGGGUUCCUUUGGGCAGGAAGCUGCAGCACUACACCUCCUCAGAUAGAGGCUUCCUGCCCUGGGAGAGACGGAAGUACUUCCAGGACCUGCUGGAGGAGGAGGAGCGUCUGGAGGGAGAGCUGGCGUACCAGGCAGACAGCGCCGCCYCUGGCCGGAGGCUGCAGGACACCUUCGCCGACUCCCUCCGCUACGUCAACAAGCUGCUCAACGGCCAAUUUGGCUUCACCUCCCGCAAGGUCCCCGCCCACAUGCCCCACAUGAUCGACAGGCUCAUCAUGCAGGAGCUCCAGGACAUAUUCCCACAGGCGUUUGACCUGACGUCGUCCCACCGCGUGCGUCACCCGGAGGACAUGCAGUUUUCAUUCUCCUACUUCUACUUCCUCAUGUCGGCCCUGCAGCCGCUCAACGUCUCGCAGGUGUUCGACGAGAUCGACACGGACCACUCCGGUGUUCUGUCUGACCGCGAGAUCCGAACGCUGGCCACUCGCAUCCAUGAGCUCCCCCUCAACCUACAGGAUCUMACAGGUCUGGAGCAGCUGCUGAUCAACUGUUCUAAGACGCUGCCCACCAACCUGACCCAGCUACAUAURGUUAGCCCUACACAGGAGGCAUACUACGAAGCCAGCAUGCCUCCCGUCACUAAAGGUCUGGUGGUCCACUGUAAAGCCYUCACAGAGCGCAUCCACAAGGCCUUCAAAGACCAGAACAAGUACAAGUUUGAGAUAAUGGGCGAGGAGGAGAUAGCCUUUAAGAUGGUGCGGACCAACGUGUCCCAUGUAGUGGGCCAGCUAGAUGACAUCAGGAAGAGCCCCAGGAAGUUCAUAUGUCUAAACGACAACAUUGACCACAGCCAUAAYGACGCAGGGACUGUUAAGGCGGUACUGAGGGACUUCUAUGAGUCCAUGUUCCCCCUGACUUCCCAGUUCGAGCUGCCCAGAGAAUACCGCAACCGCUUCCUCCACAUGGGAGAGCUCCAGGAAUGGCGAGUAUAUCGGGACAAGCUGAAGUUCUGGACCCACUGUGUAUUGGUGACUCUGGUGAUCUUUACUGUCGUCUCCUUCUUUGCCGAGCAGCUGGUUCUACUGAAGCGCAAGCUGUUUCCCAGACGCAGGGUCAGCAACGAUGUCAACCCAGAGCGCGUGUGAAGAACGAGGGAAAACGUCCUUAUCCUCCUCUCUGCAUCCUCCCUCCACCCUCAACCUCUCUCCUUGAGUUCAAAGUGAGGGCCAUGCAGGGGUAGGUGGAGAGCGAGGGCUAUCCCUAAAUCUCGAAACGUCCUCACCUGGGAUUGCGUCAGCAUGGCUCAAGGAGAGGGGGACUCUUGUAAACAACGUCAAUCAUGUGUGGUGGGUAAGAUGAUUGACAGGCAUCACCUGGCUGGGAGAUGCUGGAGUGAUGCUGUGCCAGCGGACAAAGCCUGUAAAGCCAGAAACUUCUCUUCCCUUCCACCAGGGGCGCCGGAGGGACUUAUCGCCCACACACCAGGCUGUGGAGAAGGACACUGACUGAGCCAACUAUGUGCUAAACUGCUUUAGUCCAGUCAGUGUGAUUGAUGUACUGUUAAAAGCAUGAUCUGGAAGCGAUUGACUGGAGACACCAUCUCUGGUGUGGGUUUACAGCACCUUAACCAUGAGAGCUGUAACCUUCCGAAGCGUUCGAGGUUAGGUUGGACACUUUUAAUUUAACCUAUAUUCCACAGAAGGAAAAAAGGGAUCGGGAAGGGGUUGAUCAGAAUAACAGGAAUUAUGCCAUUUGACCUGUUUCACCAUGUCACUGUCUACAUUCAACACAAGUGCCUUAUUUUAAAGAGUGUUACCUGAAGUAUCAGACUGUAUGACCUUGUUUACCCAUUGUCCCUGCUUGCCUUUUUAAAUGUCUUGGUUGGAUUUGGUAUUUACAUGUCAUAAGUGAUUUCUUUCAAAGGCAUGGGGGAAAAAUGCCACACUGGUUGUUUUUUUWAAAUCAUGAAUGUUUCACACAGUAGACCACACAGCGAUCAGCCAUCCACACAGAAUGUGUCCCUGUGGGAUACUGUACGUAUAGCUCUGCUAGUGUCUGAAAUUCAGAUCUCUGCAGCAUGCUCUAUAACAUCUGAUUGUUCUGUGAAUGCGUUCCUAAUGAAUGCCACGGACUGUUAAUUUAGCGCCACAAGUGUUCUACUACUGACCCUCAAUUAUUUUCUGAUUCUAUGGUCUCUCUGUUGAGCCUUCGCGGUGCAUUGAUGUUAAUUAUGAUAAAAUGUGAAUGAUUGCCAGCAGCAGCAGAACCAUGUUUUGCUGCCUUACUAUUGCUGAACUGUGGUAUGCAGUGGGCCAGAUUACACAGCCUGGUCUCAGACUAGAUGUAACAGAGUAAAUCUGGGACACUCAAAUUAGGAUAUGUAGCAAGGUUACUUAAGGAAAAAAUUAGUUGGGUGGGCAUAUAAUGCGAACAUUAGUAACACAAAGGUUGCGUGUUUAUCUGUUGCUAAAGUUGUCUAACUCAUUUUUUAAAUACUUUGCAAAUGUUCGUGUUAGCCACACAACAAAUUGGAAUUUGUAACAUAUGGCGUGCCACGGAUUUAUGUACAGAAUAACACAAAAUGCUCUGAGACCAGGUUGAAUUACAACAAUGGGUGGUAUGCAUGGAUAUUGAGCUAAUGUACAUUUGAAGUGAGUCUCUUGGGAGUGUCAAAUUCACAAUUUUAGUUUACUCAUCACUUUGGCUCAUCCCAAAAUCAAAUAAACCUGAAUCGCUUGGUUAUGCUUUAAA